AUGAACAACCAGGCACGGGCCCCAGACCCCUCCUCCGUCCGGGCUACCACCCCGGUCCGGGCUUCUACACCUGCCCGGACCCCAACGCUGGGCCAGACAUCAACCCCAGUCCGGCCUGCCACCCGGGCCCGGAACCCAACUCUGAUUCGAACUGGGACCCCAGUCCGGGCCUCGACCCCCGUCCGGACUCUCACCCCAGCUGUGGUCCAGCCUCAGACCCCGGCCCACUCUCCAGCUCUGGUCCAGCCUCAGACCCCAGUUCACACCCCAGCUCCUGUACGGACUGCCACCCCAGUGCGCACCCCAGCUCCUGUCCGGACUCUCAACCCAGUCCACACCCCAGCUCCUCUAGUCCGGACUCCAGCCCCGGCACCGGCUCGAUUCCCAGCCCCAGCCUCAGCCCUGGCAUCUGCACCAUCCCCAAUCCCAGACCCGAUCCCAGUCUCAGUUCCUACACAGAAACCCUUCCCAACCUUGGCAUCACCUGUGGCUGAGCGGGCAGAGCCCCCUGGGUCUCCUGAGCAUCCUGCAUCCAGCCCCAAGCGCCACCCCUCUGCGGGCAGCCUGGUGGGGGUGGUCCAGGGGCCCGGGCUUACUGCCGCAAGCCCCAGCGCCACAGGCCUUACAUCGGGCCUGGCUCCUGAGUCAGACUCCUCGGACAUUGAGCUGGAAGACUUCCCUGCUCUGGGACACUUCUUCAAACCCAUCCUGUUGCCCAGUUCCGUUUCCACAACAGCCUUUGCCUCCACCAGCGAGACCUCCGAGAUGCCUGCUAGAAUCUUGAUUCGAGUGACCUACUGUGGCCUUUGAAGCUAUGGCCUUCGGUACAUUCUACUGAAAAAGAGCCUGGAGCAGCAUUUCCCAAAUCUUCUGCAGUUUGAGGAGGAAAGAGCUGCCCAGGCUAGCGGGGAGUUUGAAGUGUUUGUAGAAGGACAGCUGGUCCAUUCCAAGAAGAAAGGUGAUGGCUUUGUGGAUGAGCCCAGGCUGAAGAAAAUUGUGGGUAUUAUCAGUAAUGAGAUCAAGACGAAGAAAAGGUAG